ACCUGAACCACGUGGUGGGCACAUGGCUACGCUGGUUAAUAACAAAAUUUUUUUUAUGGGUGGUUCAAGACCUAUACCCAAAAUUUCAUCUGCAUGGACUCCAAUUCAUCAAUUCAAUCUAUCAGAUGAGGUGUUCUUUUUGGAUCUUUCUUCACCGUUUACCGUUGAUUCGCCUCCUUUCACAGAUCUUUCUGCAACUUCGAGAAUGCCAUUUGGAAGCGAAAAGGGAACAGCAGUGUUAGGAAAUAGUGGUGUACGGAUUUAUCUUGUAGGAGGGGUCCAACAAAAUAUGGCGACGUUUGGUUAUAAUGCGACAAAUUCUACCCUUUGGAUGUAUAAUUUAAAUUCACAACGAUGGGAAGUUCAUGGGACAGGAGUUAAGGGAGCGCAACUUCCCAUGCGUAGAUCCACUGCAACAGUUAUUGACGAAAAUGGUACAAUAUUUAUACUAGGUGGGAGGGUGGCGGUGGAUACUGGUUCGGAUGUAUUCACCAUAUUUGAUGACUUUUUUACAUUUGAUACUUUAACACCUAAGUGGACAAAUGUGACUUCACUUCCUAAUCAUCCAUAUAAACGAAGUCAUAACACAGCAACUUUAAUGCCUGAUGGAAAAAUUAUUUACAUAGGGGGCGUUACUCAAUCCAAUCCCGGCGAACCUGCAAACCCCAUAGAAAUGAAUGAG